AAGUGCUGAACAGACAGAAGCAGUAUAUAAAGCCCCUGAGAGAACUCUCUGUCUCAUCAUUCUUAGCUUUGGGGUACAACACUCAUCCCUCACUCAUGCUGAGGUUUUAAUUGCAGAAAUUUAAGUUUUUUUCCCCUGUAUUUUUUUUUUUUCUAGAAAAAUGAGUGGGCAGGAAAAGACGGAGCAGUCAUGUGGGCAGUACGGCAGGGACGCCCCCUGGUACCCCAUGAGAAAAUGGUGGCAGUCCAGCCGUCUUUUCAGUCAGGAUGUUGGCCUGCCUCCUUUCCUGGAGCCUCGAGACCCUAAGUGGGUGGAUGUGGAGCUGCUCCAGAGGAGUUUGGCAGCCUCUUCCUGGCCAGGGUACAUACCCGCUCCCCUGUUUGUGCCCUACAUCUCUGCUGCGAUGCAUCAUCCCAGGCAGGAGAUGAGUAAGGAGCAGUACAAGUGGCAGGUCAGCCUGGACGUGGCUCACUUCUCCCCCUCUGAGAUUAGUCUCAGCGUCAGUGACGGAUUCCUGGAGGUUGGAGGGAAACAUGAGGAGAGGCCAGAUGAGCAUGGAUUUAUUGCCAGAUGUUUUACAAGGAAAUACAGGCUCCCGGCUGAGAUUGAUGUUUCCAAAAUUGCAUCCACACUUUCUGUUGAUGGUAUCCUGACUGUGGAAGCUCCAGUUCCUGAAACAUCUGUUCCUGCAGUCAUCAUUAUACCCAUAAAGGUAGAGAUGGAGGCAGCAGGAGAAAUAAAGGAGCAAUAUGAAGCUCCUGAUACAAACCCAGAUAACAGCAGAGCACCAGAGGACCCAGACAGUACGUGUGCAGAGGAUUAUGGGGAUGAGUCUCCAGUAGAGGUCCGUGGUGAUCAGGCACACCCAGACAGCUCUGCUGCUGGAUUUCAACAGCAUGAAGAGAGGAAGGAACAAGAGAAGGAGACCCAUGAAAAGCCACCUGGAAUAUCCCACCCUUCAGAAGCUGCAACUGGCGAAAGCACAGAGAGUGUUCCAGAUUCUUUAAAGCACCAUGAAGACCCUGAAAGCCAAGCGCACCCAGACAAAGACCUGUCCAAACAGCAAGAACACAAAGAGCCAGACCUGGAUGAAGAGAUCCAGGUAAUGGCAGGCACAGAGGAGGCUGCUGUGGAAAUGAUUCAUCCCGAGGAACCAGAGCUGGGCAAGGGUCCACCGAGCAAGGUCCUGAGCCAGCAGCUGGAGGCUCCUGACAUAAAACAAGAACACACUAAGUAGAAAUGUGAAAAUCUUAAACAAAUUCAAAUCUCAUACCGAUAAAUAGUUGCAUGGCCUGCUUAGUUACCUUGUGCUAUUUCUACAAAUGCAUUAAGUGGAUAGAAUUAAAAAUCAUAUAAUCAUGCUGUCUUUGGAGCUCCAAUAAAGCAAAAAGCAAAUGAAAAUGGUAAA